AUGCUGAAGUCCCAAAUUCUAGCCGGGGGCCGUGGUAAAGGGAAGUUCGAUAGCGACGGCAAGAGUGGCGUUCGGAUUGUAUCAACGUCAGAAGAAGCGUUUGAGAACUCUUCCCAGAUGCUCGGUCACUAUCUGACAACGAAGCAAACGCCACCCAAAGGUCUACUUGUUAAGAAACUCUACAUCUACAAAGCUGUGGAUAUUGCACAGGAAUUUUACCUCUGCUUGACGUUUGACCGUCAGAGAUACUGUCCCGUCAUCCUCAUAUCGAACGAGGGUGGUGUCAAUAUUGAAUCUAAUAUUGACAAACUACACAAGUUCUGGUUUUCUCUGUCUACCGGUAUUAGUGCCGGUGUUAUUGCUGAUAUAAAGGAGCAAUUGGGGUUUUCUGCCACUGAAAUGGCUACGAUUGAGCACGUUAUCCGGCAAAUGAUAACGCUCUUUACUGAAAAGGAUGCCAUACUUCUUGAACUAAAUCCACUGGCGCGAACACCCGACGGGGAAUUUAUUUGCUUAGAUGCAAAAUUCGAGUUUGACAAUUCCGCUCGGUUCCGUCAGCAGGAGCUCUUUAGCCUUGAAGAACGGUCACUGGAUUCGGACGAGGAGUAUGAGGCCGCCAAGCAUGGACUUAUUUAUAUCCGACUAGAUGGGAAUAUCGGCAACAUUGUUAACGGCGCUGGUCUGGCAAUGGCGACGAACGAUUUAAUCAAUAUCCAUGGCGGGAAGAGUGCUAACUUCCUGGAUAUUGGAGGGAAGGCUACCACUAAGACACUACUGAAAGCCUUUGAAAUUCUAAACAGGGAUCCCCGUCUUAAGGGAAUUCUUAUCAAUAUCUUCGGCGGGAUUGUUCGCUGUGAUAUGAUUGCAAGAUCCAUUGUUGAAGCAGCAUCUGCAAUGGGAGGCUUCCGAGCUCCUGUAGUUGUCCGGUUCCAGGGGACAAACUGUGACGAGGCACUGGAAAUUAUUGCUACAUCAGGCCUAGAUUUACAAACAGAGACGGAUUUUGAAAAGGCAGCUGAAAGAGUUGUCAAACUCACUGGCAGCUGGACCUAA